AUGUUGGACCAGAAUUUAACAGUGUGAUUUGCAAAUGAGUUGACAGUCUUUUUUGCUUUGCUCACACAAAUAGUGUUUAAAUCUCAUACCAGUGUUGAUUAAAUGUCGAAAAUAUAUGAGAAGUAUUCUGACGGCGACUCUGCUGGAAUACUUCAUUCCCAGUUCUCUCCUCAGGAACAAGUGAUGAAGUUCCUGACUGAGAAGGAGGAGGAGGAGGCGUGGAAGGACUUCUUUGACUCUCAUCUCCAGGAGAAGCUCUGUGAGGAGAGAAGAUGGACGGAGAAGAAGUUCAGCAACCGGAAGAGGGAGGUGGAGAGCUGGAUCGUUGAGAUACAGCAGGAGUGGAGAUGGAGGGAGAAGGCUCAGAGGGACAUGGUGUUCAAGCUGCUGAUUAUGGACCUUCCUCAGAGGAGGAGAGUCAUUGAGAACCUCCGAGAGACGGACGACCCCGCCAGCGAUCAGCUGGAGAGAGAGAUGGACGGAGAGGACAGGAGGACGGAAAACAUUGGGAUGAUAAAGAGGAGUGAAGAGGGAGAUGGAAGGAGAGGAAAAGAGGUGGAGGAGAUGAAUGAGGGGUGCCGCCGCUGCCAAGGGGACGGAGCGAGAGGGAAGGAGAGAAACCAGAGCCGUGGUGAGAGGAAGGAGGAAGAGAAAAGAUACCAGAUGCUUGUGGAAAUGCAGCGUAUCCGUUCCCACGAAGAGAAAAGAGAAAGGGAAACCUUCCUGAGAAACAAGGAGAGGGAGGAAAAGAAAAGGGAGGAGGAGGAGAGAACGAGAGAGAGGGCACAUCUGGCCAAGCAAAAAAGGGAUGCGGACAGAAGGGAGAGAGAGGUGCACAGGAUGGAGAGGGAGAUAGUGGAGAAGAGAAAGGAGGUUGAUCACAGAGUGAUGUCUGUGAACAGGAAGGUGUUCUCUCUCAGGUCCGAGGCUGAACAAAUCAGGAAGGAGAGAAAGUCACUAAGGAUGUUUCAGAGCAAGCUAGAGAACCUGGGACCAAAUAUGGAAGGCCAGAGCAGGGCUCAGAACCAGGGACUAAAUAUGGAAGUCCAGAGCAGGGCUCAGAACCAGGGACUAAAUAUGGAAGUCCAGAGCAGGGCUCAGAACCAGGAACUAAAUAUGGAAGUCCAGAGCAGGGCUCAGAACCAGGGACUAAAUAUGGAAGUCCAGAGCAGGGUUCAGAACCAGGAACUAAAUAUGGAAGUCCAGAGCAGGGUUCAGAACCAGGGACUAAAUAUGGAAGUCCAGAGCAGGGCUCAGAACCAGGUAGUGAGAAUGGAAACUCAGAGCGAGAACCAGGAAGGGAAGAGAAGUGUUAAGCAGAGCGCUGAUCAAGGCAGACAGAAAUGCUCUGUGAAAGCAGACGAGGAGAAAACACGGCAUGACAUUCGAAGAGAGGAAGAAAAGAGGAAAAUCGAGGAGGGGGACAAGAAGGACGAGAUACUGAGUGUGUGAGAUUCGGUGAGAGAGAAGAGAAGGG